CGCCUCCUCCCGUCGGCGGGCGCUGCCUCCGGCGCGCGCCGCCCACCUGCUGGCGCGAGCUGCGGCCCCGCGCUGACGUCACGCCCAGAUGUUCCCCCAAGGCCACGCCCCGCGGGGUCCGGGCGGCUCCGGGCAGCGAUAACGGGGCGCGCCGGGGCCGCUGUCACAGCGCGAUGGGAGGGCUGCGAGACCGCAUCGCCAGCUCAUUGCCUUCCUGAGGAAACGGCAUUAAUCCAUACUCCGAGCAAAAAGCUGCCAGCGACAGGAUCUAUCUGCUGUUCUUUUUCUCUUCCACUGGACCGCCAACGCUUUUUCGAUUUAGUGACAAGCUGGGUGCGAUCGUCACGAACAAAGUGUGGGUUUGAUGGCUGCGAUAUCAGCCUGUACUCCUACAAACCGAUCCUAAGAAAUAAGGGAGGGAAAAGUCUGCUUGUGUAAUCUUUUUAAAAAGGGAAAGAGCGCUUGUGUUGGGUUUGUUUUUUCUUUUUUUGUCUUCGCCUGUUUGGAUUUCUUUUUAAACUUAUGAAAAAUGGCAACAGCAGCAUAUGUGGAUCAUUUUGCAGCAGAGUGCCUUGUUUCUAUGUCAAGUCGUGCUGUUAUCCAUAGUCCCAAAGGGGAGCCUGAUCCCCAACCUGAUGCAGCAAUACUUCCUUCAUCCAAUGGAGAAGAUAGACGGGAAGUCAGAGAAACCGGGAAAGACAAUGGAUCAUCAUUACUUGUGGUAGCUAGCAUUUUAGCAGAUCUGAACCAGCAUGUCCCAAACUCAUGUGCUCUAAGGACGGAAAAAACAGAGACGCUUGAUAUAACAGAACAAAUACACAUUUCUAUUGCUCCUAAGGAGUUUGGGGAAGAAAGUCUGUCUUCAGCUGGUAAGAGUGGAGGAGAAAGAGCAGCCACACCUACUAGCUUGGCUGCAGUAAGUGAGCCAAGCCUCAGACAAAAGAACAAACGCAUAAGAAGCUGGACUGACCCUGGAUCACCCCAGAAAAAGCACAAAUGCCACUAUGUGGGGUGUGAAAAAGUUUAUGGCAAAUCUUCCCAUCUUAAAGCUCAUCUAAGGACCCAUACAGGUGAGCGGCCUUUUGAAUGCAACUGGCAGGGCUGUAACAAGAAGUUUGCUCGCUCGGAUGAGCUGGCCCGGCACUACCGCACUCACACCGGAGAGAAGAAGUUCAGCUGCCCGCUGUGUGAGAAACGGUUCAUGCGCAGCGACCACCUGACCAAGCACGCCCGGCGCCACGCCAACUUCCACCCCAGCAUGCUCAAGAGGCGGAGCGGCAGCGGCUCCAGGACGGGCUCUGUCAGUGACUACAGCCGCUCGGACGCCUCGAGCCCCACGAUCAGCCCCGCCAGCUCCCCAUAGACUACCUGCACUGGAUGUCAGCACUUUGCCUCUAAUGCCUAACGCGGAGUUUUGUUUGUGUUGCACACAUUUUAAAAACUCUGUUGCUUCCCCUCCUUCCGUUCCCACCCUCUCUUUUUAAAAAAUCAGUAAAUAGCUGCCUCCCACUGCAAUUUUUAGUCAGAUUUUAUUUACCCAACCACACAAGUGGCUAUUCUAACCUCAUGGACAGACAAACCUGUUACACUUAGUGACUCCUGCUGUCUCAAUAUUUCAUAUAUUUUGCAACCAUUUAUGGAUCCUCUUCAUUAUUCUUUAUAAAAAAAUGGAAAAAUCUUUAAAAAAAGGAAAAAAAAUCUGCUUAAUUCACCUCAGGUGUCGAAGUAGUUAAAACCGGAUUGCACAAUAUAAGCAUACAUACACUUAAAAAUCAACUGUGUUGGAUUUGUCCCCCUUCUCCUUUCUCAGGGAUGGAUAUUUAUGUUACACAAUAAUUACAAUGAAGACACACCCUAACCACGGCCUUACUCUGUAAAUAUAAUUGCACUCAGAAGCUUUUUGUUAGGUUCUUUCACACACUGGGGAAAAAGUAAAAAACAAGCAAACAAUACAGAAACCAGCCCAAUACUGGAAUGUAGUACUGGACUCUUCCAUUGCUCAUUUUCCUGAUUAUACACCUGUGUUGGGGAGUCUCCAAACAGGAAUCUUGUCUUUCUUCAAGCUGCCCUCUGCCUAUGGUAGCAAGCUGUCUUCUCACUUCACGCUGAAGAUGCUCCAAAACCAACUUCCAAGUGCAAAAAUCUCUGUGAGGUUGAUAAACUUGUUUGUUGGUUUGUUUCAUGCUAGAUAAAAUUCUGAGAAAAAUUUUUCAACAAGAUGCCUUAAAUGAGUAACCUAAAUCACAAAGAAACAAAUUUACACUGGGUAACGUUUUAUGGCAAGGUGGCCUGGAAUCUCAGAGGCAUUCUGUUGUCACUCUCUCCAAGCUGUUAAGCUAUCUGCACUGCCUGUCAGUAUGGGACCAACAGAAUAUUCAAAUCAAACCACACUGACUUGAACAAUUUCCUUUGUUUCUUCUUCCUUUGUUUUGUUUUGGUUUUGUUUUUUUUUUUUAAUUACCUACGGAAAUAGCAUUACUGAACCAAUGCCCACCAAAACUGUUAUCAAGGUACUUACCUACUGUACAGCUGUAUCUUAGAAAGAAAAAUUGGCCAAGACAUAGUUUCUGUAUUCUGUUGCAUCAAAAUUGUGGUUGUUGAUAAAAGGAAGUGAAAAUCAUAAGGUAUCUUCUGACUGGAAUAAUAAAAUAUGCAUUUUUAAGUUUAAAAUAAAAUUAUAGCUCGGCACUACUUCAAGUUUCUCAAACAUACACAUACCAGCAUAAAGCAAGGUGCUCUUAUUUCUGAAUAACUGCUUAAUAACAGAAAGGGAAUAUUAGCUAGUUUUCAAUAACUUUCAAAUAUUUAACACUAGAUAGAGCACAAAGAUUUUUAUGUUUUAUAUGGUAGAAAAUAUAGUAACAGACCAGAAGCACAGUGAUGUACCGAAAACCUCACUGUCAGCAAAUACACAUUCCUUGGUUUGUCUGGGUCUGAUGGUGCAUAUUAUCAAUUCAGGUCCUUUUGAUUCUGGAAUUUUGGGAUGUUUGCUGUUUUUACUGUAAGGUAUAAAUGCAGUUAAGAGUAGCAUAGUGAAAAGAAACUCUCUAUGCCAAACCUGUCAUUUGAUAUUAAGUGAAUGCCUCCAGAUUCCCAAUGAACCUGUAUCUUACUUGCUGCUUUGCAUUGAUCCAAUUUUGCAAGGUUUUAUUGUACUGUAUGUUAACUGUGAGAAGCUAAUAUAGAUUUCCAAGUAGUUUCAUAGGUACUUCCAUAAUAUACGUUAUUCCUAAUACUACACCUUCUAUAAGUUGUACAGAUAAAUACUCUCAGUAUUUAUCAAUACAAAUACAACUAUAAAUCUAAACAAGUGCAGAUGUUUCAGUAUUUUUUUCAUAUUCAUUUGCUUCAGAUUUCACCUCUGUUAAUUUCCCCCUCUGAAUUGGAAGUUGUGAGAGGCACAAUUCUAUUCAUUUCACAGAAAAUGAAAGAACAUAGUAAGGGUUUUUUGCAAGACGACAAAUAGAGUUAAUGUGAUGAGUUGCCCAAGCUCUGGAGUUGAAGGAAAACCAGAUCUGUUGGCCUCAACAGA